AAAAUCACCUUUUUCCCGUUAUGAGAGAGAGAAAAAUCAUUUUUUCCCACACAAACGUUUGGUGAAUCUUGCUACCAGUUUUGCAACAUUUCUACCUAGAAAGUGGCGUCUACAAUUUCCUUGACGAAAUAGACUAGUACAGUGUUGGUGAGAACAGAGACCAUACAUAAACAUGAACAACACUUGCUCACAAUCUUCAACCAAACAAACCACAGUCAACAACAAACCCUCUUUCGUUCCAGCAAAAGAUGACACCAAACCCGUGCUUCAAGACCCUAUAUUGAGGUCUGAUCCAAUUGAAACAGAGGAAGCUGUACUGCUAUUACCUCCAUUCUCUAUCCCCAAAUCAAAUCAACUUCCUCAUCUCAAAUGACCUAAUUGUAAAACUUUAAUUUUGAAACUUUUAGUCACUGUAUUGUUGUUUUCUUUUGGUUUUAGAUAAUGGGUUUUUGAUUUUUUAGGGUUUUAGAUUAUUGGGUGUGUUUCCCUCAGAAACCUAUGUCUUAAAGAUGACAUUUUUAUUGUUCUGUACUAAUUGUUUUGUUAUUCUGAGUUUCAGUUUUUGUUAGUUGUUAACAUAGUUGGGAUUGGGUUGAUGCUUGCAAAAAUGAGUGUGUUGUUAAAUAGCUGCUAUAGCGUUAUACCAUGGCAGAAUUUAAACAAAUUUAUAUGGCUAUGUGGUACACUGUUUAAUACAAAAUGUUGUCGACUAAAAGAUAUGUCAGUGUUAUAUCAGUUUUGCAUAGUGGAAUUUGAAUCAAUUGCUAUUUUUUGUGA